UCACUGUUCAGUACACACUACAACAAACAGUCUUCAUUCAUCACUGUCAGUUGUCCAUUUAGAAGAUACAAGUUCACCAUUCGGCACUCACAGUUUUGGCUAACUAAGUAUCAACAAUGAAAAAUAAGAUUUCAAAUUUUUCAACAGGAUUUCCAGACUCUGUAGUCGGUAAACGAAAAAAUAAAAAGAGAAAAGAUAUAAGUCCGGAUCAAAAAGAAGAUAAUUUAUCAUCAAAGAGAAAAAAGUAUCUAGCCUCUAAUGCCAAACCGAAAACAGUUUCUGAGAUAGAUAACAAAAUUAUGAAGAAAAAGGGAAAUCAAAUACCUAUUCCUACUACCUAUUCGUCUUGUAUUAAAGACAUAGCUGUUCAGGAUUUGAAAGAGCCGCCCCCWAACACUGCUGGUACUGUCAUAUCUGAAAUUGAAAAUUUUGCUGUAGUACCAUCUUCAUUGCCUAGUUAUCUUACACUAUUUUCAUCAUUGAAGUCCAACUUUAAUUCACCACUACCACAUUUGAGUAAGCAAAGAUCAACUUCAACACCAGUUGCGGGUUCAGAGUGGCAAAAAUUGCAUUUUGAUAUAGCUCCCCUUACGCCAAUGAAAGAAUUUAUUCCAUUAUCGCUACCUAAGCAAACCAACAUAGAAUUUGAGGUGAUAUCAGAAGAACUGCCAUCACAGCCCACCACUUCAGUCAUUAAAAGAAAAUGCAAAUUAAUGUUGACUUCUGAAAAAUUGAAAUUGGGCCUUUUAGACAAAAUACCAAAAUUCUGCCCAUUUUGUGAUUAUGUAUGCGAAAGAUUGCUUUAUCUCCAUAUUGAAAAAAAACACCAUGAGAAACUCAAAUUGCCAAUCUCAACCUCUGUUGUCGGAAUUAACAAAAUAAUAUCAAGUUUUUCAAAAAACAAAAAGGUAUUGAUGCCACUUCAACAUAUAAUUGAUAUAAUGGGAGACUAUUGGUCUAACCCAGAAAUUAGAAAGAUUGGAUACAUAUUAUGCAAUAUUGGCCAGGUAACAACUUACGGUGGUUCAUGGGAGCUAAAUCAUGUUCCUGAAGUCUCCAAUCCAUUUGAGCAGUACRUUGUUACACCUGAACUAUGAACUCAGAAUUAAAGUAUGACUAUUGGUUAUUUCCAGAUUAAUUUUUAAGUUAUUAAUUGUUAUUUUUAUUAUAUAACGAACAAAAUAAGGAAUUUCAA